AUGUCUACUUUUAAAUUAUCUGCUAUUUUGUCAGGUCACGAAUCAGACGUUAAGGCUUUACGUAGUCCAAGUAAUGACUUCGUUGUAACCUCCUCUCGUGAUAGAACCGUUCGUUUGUGGACCAGAAUUUCAUCGAAUGACUUUACUGAAAGUAAAACAUUUUUAGGCCACAACGAAUUUGUGAACUCCGUUGCUUAUCUACCUCCAAACGCGGAGUAUCCCUCUGGUCUUAUAAUUAGUGGUAGUAAUGAUAAAACGAUUAAUGUUUUCGAUAUUGAAGCUUCUCAUGAACCUAUCCGAACGUUGAUAGGUCAUACAGGAAAUGUCUGUUCUUUAGAUGUUACUCCUUCCGGUUUUAUCGUUUCUGGUUCGUGGGACAAAACAGCAAAGAUAUGGAAAUCUUGGAUGGAAUCUUAUACCUUGACAGGUCAUUCACAGGCUGUGUGGUCUGUGAUGUCAGUAAAUGACAAUUUGAUAUUUACUGGAUCGGCUGAUAAAACUAUUAUAAAAUGGGAAAACGGAAGACGGGUCCAAACUUUGAAAGGUCAUACAGAUUGUGUAAGAGAUUUGGUUUUGUUACCAAAUAUAGGGCAAUGUGUUCAAGAAUUGAGUGAUCAACAUACACAAUUUAUAUAUUCUCUCAGUAUUUUACCCACUGGUGAAAUUAUUUCGGGUGGUGAAGAUCGAUCCGUGAGAGUUUGGAAAGAUGGUCAAUGUAUACAAACAAUUUUCCAUCCUGCCACAUCAGUAUGGUGUGUCGAUACAAUGCCAAAUGGAGACAUUAUAAGUGGUUCAAGUGAUGGGGUUGUACGUAUAUUUACAAGAUCUCCGGAACGAGUUGCAGAACAGAAUGUUUUGAAGGAUUUUGAAAAUCAAGUUUCUCAGCACGCGAUUCCAGCCAAUCAAAUUGGAGAUAUAAAGAAGGACGAACUUCCAGGACCGGAGGCACUUGAUAUACCAGGAAAAAAGGAUGGACAAGUGAUAAUGGUUCGCAUUGGUGACAGCGUCGAAGCACAUCAAUGGAGUAACAGUGAUUCUACAUGGAAUAAAAUUGGUGACGUUGUUGACGCUGUUGGUCAAGGCAAGAAAAAAAUCUUUAAUGGGAAAGAAUAUGAUUACAUAUUUGAUGUUGAUAUAGGAGAUGGUGUUCCCCCUUUGAAAUUGCCAUAUAAUGUCACAGAUAAUCCAUAUAAUGCUGCCCAACAAUUUAUAUGGGCUAAUGAACUUCCGCAAGAUUAUUUAGAUCAAAUUGCUGAUUUCAUCACAAAAAAUGCGGGAGGGUUCUCUCUUGGAUCGGGGCCUCAAUAUUCAGAUCCAUUUACUGGAACUGAUAGAUACACUCCCGGUGGAUCUACAAGUAAUACUAGUGCUCAUUCACAACCUUCUUCUUCCAGUACACUAGCUACUGGUAUUGAUCCUUGGACACGACCAGCACCAACACCAACAACGUCAACGACGUCAAGCCGGUCUUAUCUUAGUUUUCGUGGAGCAAAUUUACAAAAUAUUUUAAAUAAAAUAAAUCAAAUUAACAAAGAUUUACAAGAGAAGGAUCCGACAAAUGAUAUUGUUUUAACAUCAGAAGAAUUAAAUAGUUUGCAAAAUUUGAGCAAAUUUUUGCAAAACCCUUCAUUAAUGUUAAAUCAUCAAUCUGGAUUUAAUACAAUUCGUAAAAUAUCUACUCAAUGGUUACCUAGCAAUCGUUUUCCUGGCAUUGACUUGUUAAGACUUCUUAUUUUAUAUUCACCAAUUCCUGCAAAAUAUGAGGAUUCCAGUGGAAAUAUUGUUCGUUUUAUAAUCAAUUCCGCUAAUAUUAAUUCAUGGUCAAAAGAUAGUAAACCUACUAAAGAACAAGAAAUCAAUACGAUGUUGGGUCUAAGAGCGUUCGUGAAUUUAUUUGAAAUUAAAGAAGGCAAUAAUGUUUUAAGGCACGAAUCCUCAAAGAUUGUUGAUUUGAUCUCUCCAAUAUGGAACCAAACUACUAAUAAAAAUCUUCUCUUAUUUAAAACAAAUCCUGAUGAGGACGUAAUGCUUCAAAUUAUGGCAACAUUAAACGAGCUUCUUGAUUCCGAAACUGAUUCUGAAACCAUUUAUAGAUCUCUUAUCACUCAAAAUCAAGCUGCUAAAGAAGCUGCAGUAAUUUUGGAUGUGAAAAAUGUUGUGAAACAAAUAUCUAAAGAAGCGAAAGAAGAAAAAAGAAUUAAUCAAGUGAUUGGUGAAUUAAAUCAAUUAAUUUAA